UGGGGGGCUGUGGGGUGUGAGGGGACGCUGAGGGACGGGCGUCGGGAGGACGAUGAGGUGCCGGUUGGCUUUAGGGAUCUCUCAUGGGGGUCCUCAGAGCGUUUUGGGCUGGGGGCAGAGAGGGCCCGUUCACCCUGAGGGGUGAUGGGGGUCCAUAGGGUUCGGUGCAGCCCCGUAGGUGAGCGCUGAGGGAGGUGACUGUGUGACGAAGCGCCGUGGCUGGGGCUCUGCAGUGGUUCCUAUGAGCUGCAGCGUUCGGAGGAUCCCACAACUGCGGCGCUGGGACUUCUGGAGGUCCUCCGCUCCAAAGCCCCCCAAAGCGGUUCCCUGCAGCGGGAUUGCGUCCAGGCGGGGUUGGAUCUCUCCAGAGCUCUCUUCAAUUCCUCUGUGCUGUUCUCCUCACAGCACAGAAGUUUGCAUGUUCAGACAGAAUUGCCCGGGCUCCAGGCUGUGCCCACCGCCCCUUACCCUGUGGGCACUCCUCCUGAGCUCCGCCCUUCAGAUCAGCGCUGAUCAGACCCCUCUCAGCCAGCUGCUCCCCAGGUGAACCGUCCCGGGGCUCCCAUCAGGAGGUGCUGACGCCCCACCGUCUCUGCAGGGCUCUCCCAGCACUUCGGGUUUGCCCUGAACUGGGGAGCCCCGUGCUGGGCUCAGCGCUGCAGCCGUUGCCUCCCCCUGGCGGAGCGGAGGGGAGCAGCGCCGCCCUGCCCUGCCGGCCCCAUUCUGAGCUGCAGCCCGGGGAGCCAUGAUCCCUCUUGGCCAGCAGGGCACGCUGCUGGUUCGUGGUCCGUCUGCUGGCCGCCAGCACCCACAGAGCUCCCUUCAGCAGCUCAGCCCCCAGCCUGCACUGAUGCAUUCGUGAUAGUGAGCCAAACAUCUCUUGGUUCCCAACCUCAAGCGUUGCAUGUUCCAGCUGAACACUUAUAUUCACAGCUCUUCCCAACGCAGACAUACAAAAUGUGAUUUUAGAGCUGCCAAAGGCUGCCCAGUGAGAGGUGGGGUUGAGGUUUGUGCUUGGCUUUGCUGCAGGGCCUCCUGGUGGCUCUGUGUGCAGUGUUGCAGUGCUUCACUUUUGAAGUCUUCAUUUAAAAGCAAGGCCCUCUUAGAGCUUCCAGCAGUUUCAUACAGAAGCAGUUGAAGGCAAUAAAAAGAUGUUGCAUUGUGGCCUCGGUGCAGUUGGAAUUGCUGUUGCCCUGCACGGCCCACGGCCUGCCUGCACAGCUGUGUGUUUGUAGACAAUUGGAGUGUUGUCAGAGUGAAUGGAUGGGCCUUAAAGCUGGGCUUUCACAGAGCGGCAUGCCAGCGUAACCCUGAUGUGGGGGAAAAUGCAGUGGUUCUCUGUGCUGCCAUAAUGGUUGGGUGCUGGCGUGGUUUGGGAUCAGUAGAGACGCUGUUGUCUGCGGGGCUGCCUGCAGGACUGGUGGCAUUUGGGUUCUGCUCCUUUCCUGACCUUGGCUGGAGUUACGAGGUUUGCCUUCUCUCUGUGAGGGAUCAUUGCUGGGGUUGGGGGAGCCGCUCGGAGCUUAAAUGCUGUCCUGACUCCUUGUUUGCCAUUUAUUCUCUGUGAUGCUCAGCCUCUUUCAGAGCUGCUCUUUCAGUGUUACCUCUUCACCCACCGUGUCAGAGUUCUGUGUCUUUGGCACAACACCCGGCAAGGAACGGCCGAGGCUGAGGGCAUGGCUGAGCCCUGAGGGUUUCUUGCUGCUCCUCAGUGCUCUGUGCUGCGGGAAGCACCCUGAUGGGCCGCGUUCCUCUUUCAGAACGAUUUGUGGAUGCCGAGGACAUGCUGGAAAACUGGGCAGCAGAACACAACCACUGGGCCGUGGUGGAGCUGCUCAUCAGAUACGGAGCCCAUGUCCACGCCUUGGGCAGGUUUGAUAAAUCACCCCCUGAUGUCACUUUGGACAAGAACGACCCGGAGACCCCGGUGACCCUGCAGGUAGCUCAGUGCUUCAAACCGGAGGCUCGCUGUUUCCAGGUUGUACCCGAGCUCGGCCACCCGGCCUGGCUUUCAAUUCAAGGAAGAGAGGCGGAAACGCUGACCUUCUGUUGUUUUCCUGUUGGCACUGACCUCAUUUCCCAAGGCGACGGAGGAGCUGCGGGCAGCAGAGGGCAGCGCGUCGUCACCAUCGGCACUGCGACGGCACCGCGCGGGACGGGCGGGAGGGCAGGAGCGGAGGGCCGGCAGCGAGCCCUGCGGCCCCUCUGUUCCUCGGCUGGAAGGCCCCAGCUGCUCAUUGCAUUUCUGUUACCUCUUGGUUUCCCAGCUGUAGCUGCUGGUUGGGCUGCAGAGGAGACCGCAGCUGGGGACGGGGGCGAUGCAGAAGGAGUAGAAAAGCCACCAGCCAAGAGGCUGAAAGCAGAGCAAAACAGGAACGAUGUGGAGGAAAGUGAGGGCAGCACCGAAGGGGAAGCGGCCCAGCAGCAGCCCAGCACGGCACUGGGGGAGCAGAACAGCAUCAGCAAGGCGUGCGCAGGUGUGAGCUCAGAGGACGGCGAGGGAACCGCGCUGGGAACGGAGCAGGUGGCCGACAGCGCCGCGGGGUCCGACACCUAACGGUGGCUGUGGGAGCGGGGCUGGAGCGGAAACACAGCGCUGCCGGGGGCUGCAGCCAGCGCGGGCUGAGGCAGCGAGGAGAGCUGGAGGUGGGGGCUGGGCGGGACCCCCUGUGUGCCGCAGCGCCGAGCGCGCGAUGUGAGAGCCGGGCCGGCUCCGGACGCACCGGCUGCUUUUUCACUGAGCAGCUCUUCUCUGAAGAUGCCAAAACCUUUUCUAACAACAGCUGUUUUCAUUGCCCGAAUGUUUGGGUUGUUUGUUUUCGCUCUUUGCAGUCCGUGCGUUGGUUCUGUCCUUUGGUCCCAGCUCUGUGACCAAAGGUGGGGGCAGAGGAGGUCCUCCGCUCUGACACGCAGUUCAGGGGCGACUGCUGUCCCCGUGUGGGUGACGCACGGUUCUGGGGCUUCGUUAGGGCUGAAUUAGCGAACCCACACCGGCAGUGGGGUGAGGGGCGACCUCCCCGCCCCCCAGGCACCUCCCGCAAAUCGCAUUACCUCUUUAAUCUGCCCUUACAGGACCAGGGUCGCCCUGUGCCAGGCACGGCGCCUGGCGCCCCCGCUCAGGGGGUGGGGGUCGUGUCGCCCCCCCGCCCUCUGUGCAUCUGUGCGGCCCCCCGGGGGUGCAGCUCCCGCUCUGCGUAUUUGGAAGCGUGGAGAUGUCAACCUUGAGACGAUUUUGGACUGCUUUGUACCCCCACCGGGAGCAGCUCUCUCUUCUGCCCCGACCUCCG